CGUGCGGCACCACAACAAACAUGGCGGCGGGAGGCGGCUAACGGCUAGCUGAAGGGAAUUGCUGGGAAACCUCUAAAGCCGUUUUCCUGUAGAGGCUUUUUUAAACUAAAUUACAGAAAUCAUUUACUUCGUCGUAAUCUCAAGAUGGAGUCCGCCCCGUUUCCAGAGGAGGUUUCGGAGAGGAAAGUGUGUGUUGUCGGGUCGGAGCUGGUGGAAAACUACACAGUCUACAUCAUCGAGGUGUCAGAUGGAGAGCACAAAUGGUCUGUGAAGCACCGCUACAGUGACUUCCACGAUCUCCAUGAGAAGCUGACGGCAGAGAAGAAGGUAGACAGACGGUUGCUUCCUCCAAAGAAGAUGUUGGGGAAGAACUCGAAAAGUCUGGUGGAGCGGCGACAGAAGGAGCUGGAGCUCUACCUGCAGACACUGCUACAGCAGUUCCCACAGGCCACACCCGCUCCGCUCGCCUGCUUCUUGCACUUUCACCUCUAUGAAAUCAACGGCAUCACAGCAGCUCUGGCUGAAGAGUUGUUCCAUAAAGGUGAGCAGCUGCUGCAGGCCGGCGAGGUGUUUUCUCUCCGUCCUCUGCAGCUUUACUCCGUCUCCCAGCAGCUACGUCUGGCCAAGCCAACCUGCUGUAACGGAGACGCCAAAACCGACCUGGGACACAUCCUCGACUUCACCUGCAGGCUGCGAUACCUCAAGAUGUGUGGCACCAGAGGUCCAGUAGGAACCAGUAACAUCCAGGAGAGCACGCUCCCCUUCGACUUGUCAGUGUUCAAAUCACUGCUGCAGAUAGAGAUCAGUGAGUGCAGCUCUCAGCAGAUUAGAGGUCUGUCGUCUCUGAGGGCGAGUCUCGCAACUCUGAGUAUCCACCACUCCACAGAAUCUAUGAUGUCGAUCUUGGUCCCAGAGGCGUGCGAGUUCUCUCAGUGGGAGGCUGAGGGGGUGGAGUCUGGCUGUCCUGUCACCGCUGUCAUCCCCGUGUGGAGAAACCUGACCACACUGGACAUGAGUCACAACAGCAUCAGCGCCAUCGACAACUCAGUGAAACUGAUUCCUAAGGUGGAAUUUCUGGAUCUGAGCCACAACCAGCUGUCAACGGUGGAAAACCUCCAGCACCUGUACAAUCUGGUCCACGUGGAUCUGUCCUAUAACAACCUGCGGGUUCUGGAAGCUGCUCACACUCGUCUGGGCAACAUCAAAACCUUGAGCCUGGCUGGCAACCACCUGGACCAACUGACCGGCCUCACCAAGCUCUACUCACUGGUCAACCUUGACCUCAGCCACAACCAGCUGGCUCAGUUGGAGGAGAUCCGGAACAUCGGCUCUCUGCCCUGUCUGGAGAAACUCAACCUGUCCAGUAACCCCAUGUGCAUCAUCCCAGACUACAGAACCAAAGUGCUGGCCCAGUUUGGAGACCGUGCAGCAGAGGUUUGUCUGGACGGUAAAGUGACGACAGAGAAGGAGCUGGACACAGUGGAAGUGCUGAAAGCCAUUCAGAAAGCCAAAGAAGUCAAAGACAGGAUGAGCAGCGGUGACAAGAAGAUCAGUGAGGAGACCAGGCUGUCUGCUGCUGCACCUCCUCACCUCUCCUCCUCCUCUCCCCCCUCCUCUUCCUCCUGCUGCUCCUCUACUGUUGCUCCUCCUGCUGUCACCUCCUCCUCCUCUUCCUCUUCCUCCUCUUCCUGUCCGGCCUCGCAGGCUGUCUGCCCCAGCCAAGAGGUGACGAGCAGAGAAGAAGCCGCAGCUCCCCCCUGUGUUCUCCCCCCUGUGGACGCUGCACCCCCCCCUGCAAGCUUUAACACUGAUACACCCAUCCUAUCUGCUCACCCCGCCCAGGUACAACAACUUGCUGUCAGUCUGUCUGAACACUGUGGAUCUCCUACAACCAUUACUACUACUACUACUACUUCUUCUACAAAUUCUGUCUGUUGUGUCUGCUCCUGUUCCUCCUCCAUGCCAGUUGAAACCACCUGCGUCUCCUGCAGCGUAGCCCGGUGUCCCCUGCUUCCUUCUCACCUGCUCUCCCUUUCCUCCUUCAACAAAGACUUCAUUACCCAGCUCUCCCAGCAUCUCAGCUCCAUCCUGAAAGAGCAAAAAGGGAAGGAGGAGGAGGAAGAGAAGGAGGAGGAGAGGGAGGAAGAGAAGAGGUCUGAAACCAAAGAGGUUCAGUCCCAUGUGGAGCACACCGAGUUGAGAAGUUCCAGUCCAAGCUCCAGGGACGGUUACUUCGAGAUGGGUCUGGAUGACUCUGUUGAGGAGUCGGUCUGCUCCUCCUCCUCCUCCACAUCGCUCGUUGUUCCUCCUGUAGAGGAGCCCGGUGGCCACCAGAGGGAGCUGUGUAAAGAGGAGGAGGAGGAGGAGGAGGAGGAGGAGGAGGAGGAAAAUGAGGGGGAGGACGUGCAGGUUAGCAGGGUUCUGUGGUGCUACUGUCUUCAGGUGAAGGAGGAGGUGGAGCAGAGGGAGGUGGAGCAGAGGGAGGUGUGUCUGGUGCUGACGGACCGGGUGCUGGGCCUGCUGUACCUGUCAGAUGAUUUCACAUGGACCAAUCAGGACGCAGAUCAGGAGCAGAGUCCACCUGUGGAGGAGGUGCUGUCCAGCCUGCAGGUAGACCUCCUGCUGCCGUACUCCCAGCUCAUGCUCUCCUCUCCAGGUGAGCUCCCUGACUCCUGCCUCGGACUCGGCCUUCGAGCCAGACCGACCCGCUGGUACAUCUUCUCAGAGGCCGAGGAGCUGCGGCAGACCAGGACUGAGCUGAUGGUGCUGAUCCAGGUAGCAAAGUCUCAGACUGACCCAGAGCCGCCCAGUGAUCCUCAGCUCUUCCCUAGCUCGCUCAUCAACUCCUGGGAGCUGGAGGAGAGUCAGGGAGCCCAGGGAGGCUAUCCUGCCCUCCUUCUUACCCUCACUUCCUCCUCCUCUACCUCGGACGCACACCCCCUCCUGUCAGACAUCCUCUCUAAGACAGAGGACCCCAGUCUCCCCUCUCUCCUCUUCCUCACUCACCGACACUUCUGGGUGCUGAAGAUGGACUUCAGAGAGCUGGCAGAAAGGGAGAGAGGGCAUAGUGUUGACAGUCAUCACUCCUCCUCCUCCUCCACCUCCUCCUCCUCCUCCUCCUGGUGCAGGCUGGUUCACGUGCCCCUCGGCUCUGUUUUGCUUCACCCCAGAGAGAGAGCGUCUCAGGUCGGGGACAGAACCAGCAACACCUCCUGCCCUGACCCAAAACACCACCACAGGAGGAGUCACACUGUGGAGCUGCUGCUGGGUGGUCAGAGGCUGCUGCUGCUCUUCCCUCUGGCCCAGAACAGGAGCUCCUUCCUAGGGGAGCUGAGCCAGCGGAGAGCUUCUCUGGAGGGGCUGAAGAUGGUGGCUCUGCCUCUGCCCUGCCGGCCCUGUCCUCAGCAAGGGCAACACACACAAGGCCGUCACGGAUCAAGGGACCAGUGCUGCUGUACCAGUCAGAGGAAAUCACACAGCACCAACAGUUGGGACUCUUCCCGCCUUCAGGUGGAGGAGAACCAGCCGUCCCCCCACCUCAUCCCAGGUCUCUCCCCAGGCCUAAAGCUCUUGGCUGGGCUCGGAGGACAGCAGCUGCUGGCCUUCUUCCACAGAUAUAUAGCAGUGUCUGAGGCGGAGGAGGUGAAACAGGUGUUGUGGCUGUCUGUGGUUCUCUACAAGUCUCCAGAGUCUGAGCUCACCUGCUGUCUGCUGCUCUCCACUGAUACUAUCUACUUCCUCUUGGAGGACUCCGCCUCUACGCUCGGCCAUCACUCAGUGUUGGACAUAACGGACUCUGGAGAUCCAGACGUCUGUCUAUGCUGCUGUCUGUCCAUCAGGCUGUCUGAUCUGCUGUCUGUCAACGUGGGACUGUUCGACCAGUACUUCAGAGUCGUAGGUCAUUCGGCCGAUCACAUUGUGUGCUGCCUCAGCAGGGACAGUUACGGGACGGGCGUCUUCCUUCAGGAGCUGAUGUCGGCUCUCAGUCUGCAGCAGCAGCUUCCUCCUCCAGAGCCGUCAGAUCAGGACUUCUACUCUCAGUUCACCAACACAAACACAGGUAAAAUGCAGAACUACGAGCUGGUGCACAGCAGCAGGGUGAAGUUUAUUUAUCCCAGUGAGGAGGAGAUGGGAGACCUGACCUUCAUUGUUGCGGAGAGGAAGACUGUGGCAAGUGCAGCAUCAUCGUCCUCACGCUCCUUCAACGUCCUGCUGUACCUGCUGGUCUUCCAGGUGCAGAUCCCCAGCACUCUGCCCAGCCAAGGCUCCACUCUAUCAGGCCACUCCUCUUCUGUUUCUGGCUCCGGCUCAUCUCCAGUACUCCAGCCCAGGACUUUGAUCCUGACCAGCACCGAUGUGUUCCUAUUGGACGAGGACUAUGUCAGCUAUCCUCUGCCCGACUUUGCCAAAGAACCUCCCUCCAGGGAGCGGUACCAGCUGCGUGAGGCUCGGAGGAUCAGAGACCUGGACCGAGUGCUGCUGGGGUACCAGACAUACCCUCAGGCUCUGACCCUGGUGUUUGAUGACCUGCCCGGCCCCGACCUGCUCUGCCAUCUCACCAUGGACCACUUUGCUGCUGCAGGGGAGGAGGUCCUGCCCAGAGAAGGUGGAGCCAGCAGUGGGGCAGAGGGUGAAGUCCAGUGGUGCGUCUUUGUCCCAGGAGCCGACAGCAGAGAGAGGCUAAUCUCUCUCCUCGCCCGCCAGUGGGAGGCGCUGUGCAGCCGGGAGCUUCCUGUGGAGCUCACUGGCUGAUUGCUGGAUGAUGGAAAGACAGUUGACUGUUCAGCACCUCGUUCGUCGUUGGGAGCUGAUUGGCAGGUGGAGUCAUCAUGUGACCAGGAUAAUUAACAUACAGAUUCAGGGCGUGGGGGGCUGUUUAAAGGCCUUGAUAUGCUUCAAACCGAGUAGUUUGUGUAAAGUCUUGUCUGAAACCGUCCAAAGACAAAGCUUUUUCUAGCUGCUCCAAAUGGUCUCACUGAAAGGCAGCCUGUCGUCAUAGAGACGAAGAGCUGCAAUGAAUCAAUUAAAUGGGGAUAAAGAUGCACACGUUCAGUGUCGCCUUGAAGGCAUUCAUCAUUGCCCUUGGUUGGUCACAUGAACAGUGACAGAGACAGUUACGUAAGAGAGAAGUUUAAAUGCGGCCUACUUAUAUAGCUCCACACUCCAAGCCAGUCGCAUCAUCUCACCAUGUGUUACUGAUUUAUACUGUGUCCGCGCCUUUAGCCUGCUGGUGUAUUCCUAUGGUGCACUGAGUAGACGGAGUCUGCACACAAUCUGAGUUUUAUUGUAGCUGGCAGAUAUGCCGGAUCUGACACUAAAUUUCAGUGGCAAGAGAGGCAUUUACAACACCACCACCACAUUGCCCAUACGGACACAAACAAGAUAAUGGUAAGACAGAGAACUGGUGAAUGUCGUUCAGGCUAAAAUCAUAUUGUGAAGAGGCAAUUAUUUGUCAGCUAUGAAAGCUAUUAUGGCUUUUGCCCUGUAGGCUGAUGUUUUGUCAGCUGAACAUUAGGUUGUUGCUGCCGCUGGCAGAUAGCACUUCAUUUAAACAGUUUUCCUGGCCUUCACCAUUACCUGUUAAGCGGUGCACCAGUGCACUGAAAUGGAGCGGACCCACUCUCAGUGAGCACGCCAGAGAAAACAAAUAGGGGGUUUGUGUUCCGACGUCACAUUGUGUUGCAGCUAAUACCUGUAUAUAAAGAUGGACGACACGUCUCCGCUACCUCCAGCUGGACAAAAAUGAAGCCAAAAUAACCCAGAUACAGGCGCCGCCAUCUUGUAGUGGUGAUGUCACUCGGAGACAGAGUCUGCACAGUAGCGAUCUCCACUUGAUGGGCACAUUCAACCCCCUUUUUAUAGUAUCAAAUAACAAAUUAAACUGCACUUAUGGGAAAAAUGAAAACUCCAGCAAACAUAAGCAUGAUAAGAAUACCUAAUAUGACAGAAACCAUUUUGGGAAAAAGAUAUCGACGUUUACCUCUAAGUUUUUAGCAUAGAGAGGGUGGGGCUUACGACCUAUACUGCAGCCAGCCACCAGGGGGCGAUCAAGAUGUUCUGGCUUCACUUUUGGGGAGCUGGCACCUUACUGAAAAAAGAUGUUCAGUCCAAGAAGACCACUGCAGAGGCCUCAGUAUGCCUCUAAGGAACUCGUUAAUAGAUGUUUCUUCUCGUUCUGUACGUCCACACUUAAAAUGGGGUGAAAUGCCCCCUGUCAUUAGGCGGUCCUGGCUGUGUCACACUGCCUCCUCACUUACUCUCUAACAACUCUGUGUCUUUUGUGUGUCUUUGUAGUCUUGACGUCCUGAUUCACUCAAAUGGGGAUAACAGUGCACACUUUAACACACUCUUCUCGAAGGAAUUCAUCCUGUUGCACUCAGUCAUUCAUGAAAAGAGACAGAAGUAAGUGGGAGUGAUUGUUGGUAUUGGAGGUGGUCUCAGAUGCUGUUAGAUGAUCCAACAGGUGCUCAGUUUGAAGCAUACUGGGGCCUUUAGUCGCACUCCAUUUGAAAGGGAUGUGGCUCUGCACACACUGUUUGGUGUCCACUACAGAAAAGAAACUGAGGCUCAGUCAGACUCAACAGACACCAGACUGCCACUACAGACCUGUGACCUCACAAGAAGCCGAAAUAUUGGGAGUUUCUGGCACAACUUCUCUUUCUUGCAAAGUGUCUCACAUUUCAGACUUGAUUGACAGACAGACUGACAGACAGACUGAUGUUGCACAGCAGGGGGCGCUGCAGACAGUCCACAGGAGUCCUACGAGAUUUUAAUCAACCUUACCUUCAAGGAACAGUUUGUCAUUUCUGGUAAAUCCUCUUGUUCUCUCUCCUCUCCAGAGUCAGACUGUAAGAUGUGCAUCAUUUUCAUCUCUGUUUGUCCAGGAUAUGUUCAGCCUAGCUUAGCACAAAGACUGGAAGCAGAGGGAAACUGCUAGCCUAGCGUCAUCAAAGGAUAAAACAAAUCCACCCUCCAAAAAUCUCCAAAGUUGUUUGAUUUACAUGUUGGUGUUUGUGUAAAGUUGCUCUUAAAACCAAAAACGUUUUUCACAUGUGCACAAUCUGACUCUGGACGAGGUCACAAGAUGAUAUCCCAAAAUGUUGUUUUUAGGAGCACACAAACUCUCUCUCUCUCUCUCUCUCUCUCUCUCUCUCACACUCACACACACAUUCACACUCACACUGCUGCUCGGCACAAUCUGCUCUCUGAACAUUUUAUCCCUUGCACAUUGUAAUUAAUGAAGCAGUAUUAUUGAACUGUAUAUUGAAGCUUUUUAUUAAUAUUAUAUUAAUAUAAUUAUGUUUUGGGACAGACGGAUGUUUUCCAUCCUGAAGCAGAUUUUGUACUAAACAUGGAGGUCUUCAUAAUGUUUCCAAAAAGAACUCUUAAAUGUCAUAUUAAGUAUUAUCAUUGAGUAUUAUUUUUUAUAUUUUCUUUGUGUUUUGUUUUAUUGUAUGUUUUGUUUUUCAUACAUUAUUAUUAUGGACAAAUGGGAAGCCAACCAGCCGGCAUUGGACUACCCACUCUUCACCACUUGUUGUUUACGUUACAUCUUGUUGUCUUGUUAAAGGGGAAUGCCACUGAAUUAAAAUGAAAAUGAAGAAAGUAAGAAUAUUUCC